AUGGGCUGUUGUUCAAGUUAAAGACAUAGCGCAAGAAAAAAAACAUAUUUUACUACUAACAUUAGAACAUUUUAUAGAUUUGGAGCUGUGCUUGGAAAGGGAUCUUUUGGGACAGUAAAAGUAGGAUAUAAAGAUGGACCUGAUGGAGAAUAAGUUUAUGCCAUAAAGACCAUAAAUAAAGUGAGAGUAGCUGAUAAAACAUAAAUGAUUUAAGAAGAGUUUGAAAUAUUGAGGAAAAUGGAUCAUCCAAAUAUCGUUAGAUUCUAUGAAAUGUAUGAGGAUGACAUGUUUAUUUAUUUUGUUAUGGAACAUUGUAAAGGAGGUAAUUUACUUGAGAGAGUAUUAUCAAAAGGUAAAUAUGAAAAAUAAUUUUUAGGCAGUUUUGAUGAAAAUAAGGCCAGCAUUAUAAUGAGAAAACUAUUUUCAGCAAUAGCAUAUUUGCAUAGUUAAGGUGUUAUGCAUAGAGAUUUAAAACCAGAGAAUAUAUUAUUAUCAAAUGAAAAAGAUGAUGCAGAAAUCAAAAUAAUAGAUUUUGGUUUAAGUAAGAAAUUAAAGGAAUCAGAUAAAGACAGAAAGAAAUAAUUACAAAGGAAGUAAAGUUAAGUUGGUACUCCAUUAUAUGUAGCUCCUGAAGUUGUCACUGGAGUGUAAUUAAAUUAAAUUAUAAAUUUAGAUAUAAUUAGAAGUGUGAUGAUUGGGCAGUUGGUUGUAUCAUGUACAUAGUAUUGUGUUCUGAACCACCUUUCUUUUCAGAGCACUUAAAAGAAUUACUUUAAAAGAUACAGUUUAAACCACUAACAUUUCCUUAAGAAGAAUGGAAAGGAAUUAGUUAAGAUUGUAAGAAGAUAGUUUAAGGAUUACUAUAAAAAGAUCCAGAGAAAAGAUUAACUUGUUCAGAAGCUUUGAAUAGUGAAUGGGCUAAGAAGGCAUUUCGUAAACCAUUACAAAUAAAAAUAAAUUAGAAAUAGGAGAAUAUUCCUUAAUCUAAUGAUUGCACUCCUAUUAAUACAUCAAAUAUUUAAGGAUUAAAAAGAUAUGCUAAGAGUAAAUAAUUCAAAAGAGAAGUACUAAGAAUACUUAUUAAUUAAUUAAAUGACAAAUAGAUUGAUAAAUUGAGUUAAAAGUUUAAGGAAUUAGAUAAAGAUGAAGAUGGAUUUAUUACACCAUAAGAAUUAUCUUAAAUAAUGGCUAAAUUAGGUUUUGAGACUACAAAAAAUGAAAUUGAAUAAUUAAUUCGUAAUAUGAAUCCUGAAGAGUAGUAAGCUUUGUAGAUUAAGUAUUCUUAAUUUUUAGCUGCUACUUUAGAUUUGAAAUAAUAUUUGAAUAAAGAAAGAUUAUGGAGUUUAUUUCGUUAUUUUGAUGUUUAAGAUAAGAAAUAUAUAACAAAAGAGGAUAUAUAACAUGCUUUAAAGAGGGAAGGUAGAGAAGAGAUGGCUUCAGAUAAGAUUUUAACAGAUUUGAUGAUGCAUGAUGGAAAAAUGACUUAUAAAGAUUUUUGUUAAUUAAUGCAUGAUGAUAUGGAGAGUGAUUAAUUCUUUGAAUAUUUCGAAAAACUGUAUGCUUCACCUGAAAAGCAUAGAAGUAUUAGUAAAACUUGA